UAAAAGUGAAAUGCCCAAAGACCCUUUCUACAACAAAAUGUUGAGUAAGAUACUGGAGAUGCUCUGUGACAGGAUCAUCGCAUUCAAAAAGGAUGAGGUUUUUGACGAAGAGACUUGGUUUCGGCACUUGAACAAGAUCUAUAAGUACAUGAAUAUACUUGAACUAAACCUGGUUGAGAAGAACAAGAACCUUGAAACUAAAUUUACAGUUCAUUAUGAGAAAUUAGUCAGUUUUUAUGAGACCCAGAUGCCUGAGGAUAGAGAUACCAAUUCCACACAUACUUCCAAUGAGUUUAUUAAAGAGACGAAGAAAGAGUUCAACCUCAAUAGGUUUGGAGCUGCUGGAGCUGAUUUGAAGUCAAAGAAACCAAAGAAAGGGAAAGCCCGUUAUAAGAACAAAAGUAAUUCAAAGCAGAGAGGUAAUAAGUCUGUAAAAACUAUUCAAAAUCAGCCAAAUGAGCAGAAUACUGAAAAUAACGAUGAUAAGUUAGCCUCAACGCUUGGAAAUGAAAACCAGGCCUUUUUAGCCAUGAGUAAUACAAUUCCUCAGAGCAUUGGAGAAGAAAAUAAGGUUGAAGUUAUUGAAACAGGAGACAAAGGAUCAGCUAAAAUAACUAACCCUGUUUCGAGCCCUGAGAAGACCCCUGAUGUCCCAAACAAUGUCGCUGAUUCUAUCAAUGACAAGUCUGUUAUCAGUAAUCCAGUACCUCCUCUCCAGAUUGCAACAGGUACUUUUUCACACAAGGAUGGAGAGUUUGAGAACACAGAGGACAGAAGGUCGUUAACCCAGGAACAAAAUCGAGAUGAUGAUCAAGACAGAACUCUGAGACAAAAGAAGUUGAACACUGCAGAGAUUGUACCUCCAAUUCAGGAUCCUGAAGCUCAGGUUUUCCCUCCCUCUACCAUGAACAUUCUUGCUAAAUCGCGAAGAACUAAGAAAAAGAGACUAAUGAACCGUAGUCAUUAUAAUGGCAAGAAGACAAUGAGCAAAGCAGGAAUGUGGGCUGCUUUUCCUGGGAGAAAGAUGAAAUUCAGCAGGAAAUAUACUCCAUCAAGAGGCUAUUCAGUCCAUUCUGGAAGUAGUUCUCGAAGAAGGUACAAAAGUUCAUCAAGGUCUUCUCGGUCAUCAAGAUCUGGAUCUCUUUCCAAGCGUUACAAAAGCUCAAGAGUUAAGAAGAUGAAGAGGAAGUAUCUGCGCAAUAUCCUUCCUCAUGUGGGGAUCCAGAACAAGUCUAAAAUUGUGAAGAAGUUCACUAAUCCUUCAAAUUAAUUUCUUAAAUAAUGCAGCCUUCAAUU